AUGACGCGUCGUCGCGCGUUCGAAUUCGCGCGCGCGCCCGCGGACGAGACGCCGCUGGACUGGCGCACGAUCGCCGUCGUGCAGAUGUUCUCGAUGCUCUCCAUCGCCGGGACGACGGCGCUGUUCAGCACGGCGUACUUCGCGGCGCGCGCGCUGCGGCCCGAGGCGAGCGAGGCUUCGCGCGCGCUCGUCGCCGGCGCGCUCACGGCGACGAAACCGCUCGCGAGCGGGGCGUCGUCGCUGGCGUGGGGACGGCUGGGCGACGCGCGAGGGUUCGAACGCGCGAUAUGCGCGAGCGGCGUGGCGCACGCGAUCGCGACGGCGGCGUUCGCGAUGGCGAGGACGACGAGCGGCGCGUUCGCGGCGCGCGCGUGCCAGGGGCUGGCGGACGGGAUGGUGGUGAUGCAGAAACCGGCGUUGGCGCUGGUGAGCGACGAGACGAACGUGGCGAGGGCGUUCGCGACGACGGGGGUGGCGUACGGGGUGGCGAGCGCGCUGGCGCCGGCGUUGGCGGCGGCGUUGAGCGAGCCGUGCGAAAAUUGGAAGGCGUUCGAGGGCGAGCGAGGCGCGCGGUGCCCGACGUUUUUGAGGCGACGUCCGUUCUUUUUGAGCAACAUAUGGAUCGCGGCGCUCGCGGCGCCGACGUUGAUGGCGUACGCGAGGGGGUGGAUGCAGAUCGAUAAGCAUCGAAACAGAGACGACGUCGAGGUCGUCGUGGAAUUGGAGCUGCUUCCGGAUGCGAGCGAAGACGACGCCGCGGCGGAGACGACGGCGGUGGACGCGGACGCGGCGGCGGCGACGAAGAAGGCUGUGGAAAGUAUAGAGGACGAGGUCGUGUGGUGGCGCGACGUGAACGUGCGCGCGGCGAUCGCGUCGCAGGUGGGGUGCACCGCCGUCGUCUUGUGCGGGGCGGAGAUGACGCCGCUUUGGAUGGCGACGUCCGUCGCGAACGGCGGUUUGGGUUGGACUUCGCUGGAAAUCGGUGCGUUCGGCACCGUGAUGGGGUGCGUUAUUUUACUGUUUCAAGUGUUUCUGUUCACCAGACUCUGUCGCGCGUACGGCAUCGUGACGCUGUUGACGUACGCGUUGCUGGUGAACGCCGUGGCGUUUCCGCUGCAUCCGAUCGCGCACGUCGCGGCGAAAAAGUCCAAGGCGUGGACAUGGGUCGCCGUCGUUUGCCUCGGUCUCGCGCGUGGGAUGAGCGGUCCGAUCAUCAUGGGCGGGAGUUCGCUGAUUUUGAACAACGCCUCACCCAGGGACACGCUGGGCGCGGUGAAUGGCUUUAGCGGAACCUUUGGCAACGCCGCUCGAGGCGUGGCGCCUCUCAUCGGCGGUUCCUUGGUGGCGAUGAUGGUGGCGAUGAAACCGGGCACGCCCGGGCGAGAUGUUUGGCCUUUCGUGGUCAUAGGUUUAGGAUUCGUGUCGCUGACGGUAUUAAGUCGUCGACUUUCGCUCGAUCUGAACAAACCGCGACGGCCUCGGCGAACGUCGAGUCGAAGCGAUUUCAGCGCCCAGCCGUGA